UUUGAUUUAGGUCACUUUUGUUGUAAUAUGUUUUGAUUUAUGUCACUUUUGUUGUAACAAAUUUAACGAAACACUAACGAAUUGACUAUGUAAGCCUUCCAACUUUUUGAUAAUUAUAAAUCUGUGUGAAGUAGUUUGAUAUGUAUUUCACAGAAAAUGUGUAACUUCUUAUCCUUACAUUAAACUUAUAUAUUGGGUGAGGACUUCAAGGCUUAUUAAAUGAGGAAAUCUAGAAUUAACUCACAGACAGUGAUUGGAAUAUUGAAGUUCCUUUUCUCGCUCUUCUUCAUAAUAUCUAUAGAGGCAACGGUAUGGAUAUCUCAAGUUGAACAGCUUUUAUUGUUAAGCAGGGUAUUGCUGCAAAUCAAGCAAAAUAUCUGCCAGAAACAACGAAAUAUACUCUUAAAGUACCAGCACCUAGUGAAGAUCUUAGUGCUAAACUUGGUUCUCAACUGAAUGACUUGCUUUUGAGUUCGAUGAUUGAAGCCGAAAUAUCUACAACUGAGAAGAUUCCAACUGAUUCUAGCAAUCUCAGUGAUCGUAGAGGAUACGACUUGGUUUUAUAUGAUAAACAUUGUAAUACUACCAAUCACCAGCCUCAAGAUCCAGUAAUGCCUUUACCUCAAGAAAACUUCACGAUGGACACCGUAACUCAAGUAUCUCUUCAGUCAGAAAACAUUUUCGAAGAGGCUACAAGCAACAGUCCUCAGCCUGGAUGUGGCAACUAUUACACAGUGUCUUGUAAUAUAGAUCGUCCUACAGUUGUUCGUUUAAAAAGAAAAUCGCCCAUAGAUCCAGAUUUCAUCAACAAGCAUCCCGGUAGUGACAAAAGUUCAACGAAGAGUACAGAAGAAGUUAUAAAUGGCAGCUUAGCCGAGAUAGAAGUUACAAAAGGCAAAAAAAUAAAACGGAAUGUUGGUAACUGGUCUUUAAAAAAACUAUAUUGUUAAGAAAUUCUGGAUAGCUAUUUUUUCUGCGUAUUGGGAACUUGCAUUUACAAAAACAAAGAGAUUUUAUAGUGAGGCAUACUGAAUCUAUAAAACCGAAAUACCGUUAUUCAUGUGCGGGAAUUUAUAGACAAAUGAAUUCGGCAUUUUAUUUCAAUCUCAACGGAAAUCGCAUUAGGGUAUGCAAGAUGUUUUUUAAGCCCACCCUCAACAUUAACGAUCGUCCUAUUCGUACAGCGCUACAAAAACGAACCGAUGAGGGUUUUAUUAUCACUGAUCAAAGAGGAAAACAUGGUAAACAACCACAGGUGAAUCCCGAAAUUGAAGAUACCGUGAGAAAAUUUAUUAAUGCCAUACCCCGAAUUGAAUCGCAUUAUCUGAGGGCUCAAACUACUCGAGAAUAUAUUGAUAGUAGUAAAAACUUGUAUAGAGAUUAUAAAGAAGAUUGGGAAAGUUAACAACUUCCGUACGCCAAUUAUGUGAUGUUUAAUCGUAUUCAAUGGCGAAUAUAACAUUUCAUUUUAUAUACCCAAAAAAGAUCAGUGCGAUUUUUGCUUUUCCUAUACAAAUGCAGAUGAUGAAGGCAAACAAAAAUUGAUGGACAAGUACAAUCUAGACAUGAAAGAAAAGAAGCUGUCGCGUCUAGAGAAGGAAGCUGAUAAAAAAAUUACAAAUGGUUCAAUCGUCGCAGUUUAUGACCUAAAGGCAGUAAUACCGGUACCCAGAGGGCAGAUCUCCUCCUUCUAUUGUAAGACUAAACUGAAUUGUUACAAUUUUACUAUAAGCGAUUUAUAUGCAAAAAACGUCAAUUGGUACUUUUGGAAUGAGACUGAAGGAAAACGUGGAGCGAUUGAAAUUGGAAGCUGCGUACUUUUUUACCUCAAACAGCUUGUUGAGAAAAGUAAGACUGCUCAACUUUUGGAUGUAAUAUUAUAUUCAGACAAUUGUUGUGGUCCGCAGAAGAAUAAUUAUUUAGUCACCGCCUCCUCAUACGCGGUAAACAAACUGCCAAUCCGCAGUAUCAUCCAUAAAUAUUUAAUAAAGGGGCAUUCUCAAAAUGAGCGGGAUAAUGUACAUAGUAUUAUUGAGAAGCAAAUUAUGAAAUAUCUCAAAUCAGGACCGAUUUACGUGCCUGAUGAGUAUGAAACACUAAUUGGAACAGCGAAAACAAAGUGGUUCCCCUUACAGAGUUCACCAGCUUACCUUUGAAAAUUUCUACGAUUUAAAAGCGUUACAUGAACAGUGGCGAAAAAACUUUACGACAGAUACUGAAAAAGGAAAAGUUAGCUGCAAUGACAUUAAAAUACUUGAAGUGUAUAAGGAAUACUCGGAUUCAUUCUUCUAUAAAACGUCCUAUGAACAGGAGGACUUCAGAAAAGUGGAUAUGAAUAAUGUGAAAAACACUACAUUCCAAGAACAUAAUACAGACUCGGUUAGCUUAGUUCAAGCUUAUUCUCAUAAGGUUCCAUUGAGUGACUUAAAAAACAGCACUUACAGGAACUAGCUGAUAAGGGAACAAUUAAAAAAAAUAUUACUCUCUGUUUAUAAAAAUGUACUUAGGAUUUAAUUCAGUUCAAACCUUGUGAAGGAGUUUUUUAGUUAUGAAGACUGAAAAUUAUUUUAAUUUAAAUGCAAGCCUCUUAUUGUUCCUUAUUAUGAGUUUCUGUAUGUUGUGUUUUUCUCCCUUGUAUAAAAAUAGGAGUACCUGUUCAGUAUUUAGGACCAAAUCAAU